GCGGAGACUCUGCUGUUGGAUGCCGACGCCAACAUCAAGAUCGCCGACUUCGGGUUCAGCAACGAGUUCACGCUGGGCUCCAAGCUGGACACCUUCUGCGGGUCCCCCCCGUACGCCGCCCCCGAGCUCUUCCAGGGCAAGAAGUACGACGGCCCCGAGGUCGACAUCUGGAGCCUGGGCGUCAUCCUCUAUACCCUGGUCAGCGGCUCCCCGCCCUUCGAUGGCCCCCACCCCCAGGGGGGGCAGCGUCCCCUCCUGUCACCUGGCCCUGCGCCUGAGCUGCGGGAGCGGGUGCUGCGGGGCAAGUACCGCGUACCCUUUUACAUGUCGACGGACUGCGAGAACAUCCUGCGCCGGUUCCUGGUCCUGAACCCAGCCAAGCGCUGCACCCUCGAGCAAAUCAUGAAGGACAAGUGGAUUAACAUCGGCUACGAGGGUGAUGAGCUGAAGCCCUACAAGGAGCCUGAGGAGGACUUUGGGGACGCCAAGCGCAUCGAGGUGAUGGUGGGCAUGGGCUACACCCGGGAGGAGAUCAAGGAGUCCCUGAGCAACCAGAAAUACAACGAGGUGACGGCCACCUACCUCCUGCUGGGCAGGAAGAACGAG